AUAAAACAUCAACCUCAUCAUUUUUCUCUUCCACAUCAAUAUCCUAAUCCUAAAUCAAACUCAUCAUCCCCUCCGAGAAAAACAAGAGAGAAUAAAAAAAAUUCAACCAAAGCAAGAAAAAAAUGGCGAAUUCAAGCGAGGAAUUCCGGUUAGCGCUGCCGGGCGUGAGCCACGACGGACGAUUGCCCCGCCAAUACCUGGCGGAGGGACAGGGGGCGAAAAAAAAUAUUUCGCCCCCCGUUGAAUGGUACAACGUGCCAGAGGGGGCCAAGAACCUGGCCCUCGUGGUGCGGGACAUUGACGCGCCCGACCCUGAGGGCCCCCUCGUCCCGUUCAAUAUCUGGGUGGUGGCCGGCAUCCCGCCGGCGAUCAAGGGGCUGCCGGAGGGGUUUUCCGGCAAGGAGGAGGAGGCCGGCGGGGAGUAUGCCGGGAUCAAGGAAGGGACGAAUGAUCUCAAGAAGCAUGGCUGGCAGACGCCGAAGAUGCCCACCCCCGGCCACCGGAUUGAGUUCAAGCUUCUUGCAUUGGACCAGGAGUUGAAUCUUGGCAAUAAGGUGACGGCGGACAAGUUAUUGGAAUCAAGUGAAGGGCAUGUUCUCGGCGAGGCCGUUUUCAUAGUUAAAUCCUAACUUACUUUUUCUGUGCGAAGAAACAUCUGUAUUUGUAACGAAUUCUGCACUUUCCUAAAUAUUUGUAGCUCGUAUUAUCAUAUGUCUAUGAAUAUCGUAGAAGUUUGGGAAUGUUUGAAUCAUAGAAGUUUGAAUUUGUUUUCAGCAGAAUUUAUAUGUGAAAAUAAACUUGAGUUUGAUCCA